AUGGCAUGGAGUCCAUGGACUGAGGCAUCGAUGGCUACUUCGCCCUCUCUGUCACUUCCCUCAGCGGACAUGUCUUCGCCCUCACUGUCGACGGGAUCGGCUCUCGUGGGCGACGAGUCCUUCUCAUUCGCUCUCAACAAACGCCAGACAUAUAAAGACCGGCGAAAGAACUAUCGCAAGGAGAAGAAGAAAGUGGCCGAAGAGCUCAUGUCCUGCCUUCAGGACACGCUUCAGGACCCGACGGUCGUCGUGACCGCCGAUUGGCUGAAAGUGCGCUCAACGCUGAAGCAGUGGAACAAGUUUUGGUGCGAACUGAAGCCCGGGUUACUUCUGCUCCACAAGUCGCCCAACACUCACAAGUCGGGCGCAUGGGUUGGCACAAUCAUCAUCAAUGUCUGCGAACUCAUCCAAAGGCCAUCCAAGAAGAAUGGCUUCUGCUUUAAACUCUUCCACCCCUUAGAGCAUCCCAUUUGGGCGCCAAAGGGCCCUCACGGCGAGAGCUUUCAAUCAAUUAUGUUUCCGCUGCCGAUGUCUUACGUGAUAUUCAGAGCGCCGUCAGAAUCGGCCGGAAAGAAGUGGAUGGAAGCCAUCGAACUGUCCCUCCAGUGCUCAACCAUUUUGAUGCGAAACCUCUCGCACAGGGAAUCGGUUCCCAACACUCCGGCGCCGAACAGCUCAACGCCCGACUCCGGCCACACAUUCCCCGAACUCAUAGCCACUGGGAAUCUAUCGCUCGUUUUGAACGAAUCGGAGAUUGAGAAACACUUUGGAGAUCACGAUCUGGACGAUGAGACCCAUACAGAUCACGGCGGAGACUCUCAGGACCACCACUCGUUCGACGACAGCGAUUCAGAUGUCGAUCACAUCCACCGACACAUGAAUGGCAUCGAAAACAAAGAGUCAAAAGUGUGCGAAACUCAAUACGUGUUCGACGGCGGGAACGAAGAGUUCGGUAUCGCCGGCGGCGCCGGACAGACAGAAGAGAUGGCCGACGAAAACAAGAGCUUAAUAUGGAUUUUGUUGAAACAAGUGAGGCCUGGAAUGGAUCUGUCGAAAGUAGUGUUGCCAACGUUUAUACUGGAAUCCCGAUCCUUUCUCGACAAACUCGCCGAUUAUUACUACCACUCGGACAUCAUCUCCAAAGCCGUCGUAGAAGAGGACCCACUGUUGCGAAUGAAACUCAUAGUGAAGUGGUAUUUGUCGGGCUUUUACAAGAAACCCAAAGGCCUGAAGAAGCCCUACAAUCCGAUUCUGGGCGAAACGUUUCGCUGCUAUUGGUCUCAUCCGGAGACCGAUUCGCAGACCUUUUACAUCGCCGAACAGGUCUCACAUCACCCGCCGAUCUCUGCGUUCUUCGUCACCAAUCGAAAGGACGGCUUUUGUAUCAAUGGCUCGAUAUUAGCCAAAUCCAAGUUUUAUGGGAACAGUAUUUCUGCCAUUUUGGACGGAACCGCUCGACUCAAACUGUUGUCUCGCGGAGAAGAUUAUUACGUGACCUUUCCGUACGCGCACUGCAAAGGCAUACUAUUGGGAACUCUGGCCCUCGAGUUGGGCGGCAAAGUGAACAUCAGAUGCGAUAAAACGGGUUAUAACACGGAAAUGGAGUUCAAACUGAAGCCAUUCCUCGGCUCUUCCGACUUAUGUAAUCUCGUGACCGGACGGAUCCGUUUGGGCAAUGAAACGCUGGCUACCAUUGAAGGCCAUUGGGAUUCAGACAUUUAUUAUAAGGACAAACGAAGCGGCGAAUCGGAAUUGCUUUGGUCGCCGACACCGGCUGUUAAACAAAGUCGCCUCAAGAGGUUUGUGGUUCCCAUCAGUGAACAAACAGAGAUGGAAUCGGAGAGAUUGUGGCAGAAAGUGACUCAAGCCAUCCAAAGACAGGACCAAAUCGCGGCCACCGUUGAGAAGACAGUCUUAGAGGAAGAGCAGAGAAAUGGGGCCAAAACUCGUUUGAAUAAAAUGGAGAAAUGGAUUCCAAAGCUAUUCGUUUUUGAUGGCCAUCACAACGACUGGCUCUACAUAUCGGCGGACAUCAGGCCGUGGGAUAUCCGGACAGAUGUAAAACAGUACGAAAACGAAUACGUUAUACAAACCAUUACAAGACACCGAACGCCAAACCUCGCGGUCGUGUCCACCGGAAGUGUCACAACUUCUUGUGAUAAGAACCAGAUAUCGCCGGAAGCGUUGCGAUCGCCCAAAAAGUUGUUUAAUAAAUACCAGAGAAGCGGUUCGUGCGGUUCGGAGGAGUCUUCGAGCGUCGGUCUGGACGGACACGAGUCGACAGAAAGCGAUGGUCUCCUCAACAACACAAGUGUGUCGAAAGAGCCGAAAGACAAACUGAAAUAUUUGUUGGAAUCGGUGACCGAUUAUCACAAACAGACAAACACUCAGUUGAAUGAAUUGCAUAAUAAUAUGAAUACACUUCUGGAGACACAGAACAGACUUUACCGGCAGUUCAUCGCUAUUAGAGACAGAAGUGGCGAUUCGUUGACACCACUGAUGACGAGGCGAUCGUUAAGCGAUCUGUCGAUAAUUAUUGUGAUUAUUAUUACGCAACUGAUCCUGAAUUGGCUGAUGAAGUGAUGGCUGAAUCAGAUGAUCGACCGACUAAUUGAUGGCAUGUUUUCCAGUUUUAAAUGUCAAACCCUUUCAAAGAAAAAACUGAAUUUUUGAAAAAUGUAUUUCAAAACAGUAUUUGUGAUAAAACCAAAAAUAGUCACAAAAAUGUUUAUUAAUUUAAAAGUAAAUUUAAUUUAAUGGAAAACAUAUUAAACACUAGUCUAGAGUUUAAUUAAAUUAAUGUUUAUUUUUGUGUAUUGAAUGAGAAG